CAGUGACGUAAGCAGAGACGGAGUAUAAAUAUAAUUGGGACGGGCAAUUUUCUUAAUGAACUAUCAGUAGAAGGAGACAAGGAGUGUGUUGUGGAUCAGCUGAAGGGGCAUCAUGCGGCGCAUUGUCAUCGGUAUCGGCGGAGUUACGAAUGGUGGUAAGACCACACUGACGAAACGGCUUGUUAGUGUCCUUCCGAAUUGUUGUGUGAUCCAUCAGGAUGACUUCUUCAAGCCACCAGAUCAGAUAGAAGUUGGUGAAGAUGGCUUUAAACAAUGGGAUGUGAUAACUGCCAUUGAUAUGGAAGCAAUGGUGAAUACAGUAACUGCCUGGGCUGAGAAUCCUGUCAAGUUCGCCAGAUCCCAUGGAAUUGCCCCAUCUCGUCCGGAGUUUGAAGAUGUGCAGAUACUGAUUUUGGAGGGUUUUCUGCUGUACAAUCACAAGUUACUGGCAAACAUGUGCUCAGAACGUUACUAUUUAAGCAUUCCAUAUGAAGAGUGCAAGAGGAGGCGCAGUGGCAGAAACUACACUAUUCCAGACCCACCAGGGUUAUUUGAUGGUCAUGUCUGGCCAAUGUAUUUGAAACACAGACAAGAGAUGGAAGAAAGUGGUGUGAGUAUAGUGGCUCUUGAUGGUCUUCGCUCAAAGAAUGAAAUAUUCACCCAAGUAUAUACAGAUAUCCAGAACAGAUUCUUGAAUGCUUCCUAGGACCUAAAACCUUAAGGACUCCUUCUGUAACUGCCUCCAUUAGUUGUGUAACAACUGAGGAUUUUUGUAUAUAAUUUUAACUUAUUAAGUUUAGCUGGAAACUUGUUUUGAAAGUUUUUUUUUUUAUCGUCAGUCAUCUGUUUUUAUUUACUGUUAAUUUUAUACUUGUACUAUUAUAUCAUUGAAUGAA